AUGAUGGAACAGGAAAAAAAGCCGAGGGGGGAAAAUGAAGAGCCCUCUAUCUCAACAAAUAUGAUUAAUGAUGAAAAGGAAGAUCAAAAUGAAAAAUUAGCAGAAGUUGAAAAUAAAUGUACAGAAUUACCUGAGAAUAAUUGCAAUACGCAAACUGAUAAAUCAAGUAAUAUUUCUAUACAAAAUCCAAAUAUGGUAACAAGUGAAGAAAUACAAACUAUAAAUAACAAACAAGACCUUAAUGCCAAUUUAAAUAAAAACAAUUAUGAGCAUGAUACAAAUUUGGAUGAACAAAAUGCAUCCAGCUUGAAUGCUCAAAACAUGAAUGAUAGUAACAUUGUAAAUAUAAAAUCGGAUUUAAAUGGGUCAGAUAAAAGUAAUAACAUUUUAAUAAACAAUAUAGAAAAAGAAGAAAUAGUAAAAUCAAGCGAUGAAGAUAAUAAAAAUAGCUUUAUAGACACAAAUACAAAUCAAAAUGAAAAUAUACAUAAUGAAGGAAAUGGCAUUAAUCUUACUUCAAACCAAGCAGAUAAAAAUAUAGGGGGUACUACUAUUGAUACAAAUCAUAUUGAAGUUGAAAAAAGAGAGGAUACUAAUUCAAUAGAAAAUGAUUGUGAAGAUGGCAAAAAAUUAAUAGACGAGGCAGCGGAAAAAAAUCGACGCAUUAUAGAAAUGUAUGAAAAAAAACUUGAAACUGAGAUUAAUCAAAAAGAAAAAAAUAAAGUAGGUGGACCUACCGAAUCAAGUGAUAAAUUUGAUGGUAGUAUCGCAUCUAUUAGUGCAAAAAUGAGAGAAAGUAUUUCCAAAAUAUUUAGAGAAAUACCAUCAUCAAAGCCGAAGAUUAUAAAUGAAAUUACAUCAGAAAAAAAUGAAACAAAUCCAAGUAAUGGUAAUGAAAGUAUGGGGCGAGAUGAUUGUGAUAAUAAACCGAGUUUCUCUCGAAGCACUUUAAAAGAGGGAAGUCUUUUGAGGCUGUUUCGAUGUGAAUAUUUUGACACACAUUUACAUAUUAGAUAUUUAUAUGAUAGAAAGGAAAUAGGGGUACAUGAGUAUUUAGUAAAUUCAUUAUAUACUCAAAGAAAUCCUGAAGAUAUAUUAUUUUACUUACCUCAAUUAUGUCAAAUAUCGUUAGUACGAUAUGAAUCAUCGUCUCUUUAUCGAUUUCUCUUAGAUAAAGCUAGCAAAUCUAUGCAUUUUGCUUUAAAAUUAAAUUGGAUAUACAAUUCAAUUGUUGAAGAUAAUAUACCUAAAUAUAAAGAAAUAUCUCAAAAAAUGAUACAAGAAAUCGAAAUGGCUGUAGUUAAUUGUAAACCACUAAAUAGUGAAUGUAAAAUUUUUAAAGAAGAUAAGCAAACCGAUCUUCUCAUUUUGGCAUAUCCACUUUUAUUUAAAAGAAAAUUUAUUAUAAAAAAAAUAAGAACAAAUGAAAAAAUAAAUCAAAUUAAAACAUUUAACAAAUUUCUUAGUAAUUCAUAUAGUUUAAAAGGAUUUAGUAAUCCAAUCGAAAAAGCAAAUAUAUUAUCAUCUUCAAAUAAUUCAGACAUAAUAUUUAAAGAAACAUGUUUUUGCUCAAGUCAUAUUAAGAAUAAUGAUCAGCAAAAUGCUGAUAUAGUGGAUGGAGAGAAAGUGAAGCCUCCUCAAUGUGAUGAUAAGAUUGAUCCUCAACCAAUACAUUCGAAUGAUGAGCAUAUUAAUGAAGAAGCAGAAAAUAAUAAUUAUCUCGGUGCAGAGCAAAAAUAUAAUGACGGGGUUUGCCCUAAAUGUGCACAUAUUUUUGAGGCGAAAAAAGAAAAAAAAGAUAAAAAUAAAAAUAAACCUUUAUCACCCCAAAUGCCAUCAUGCUAUAUAAUAAAUUCAGGACCUUUAACUGUAGCAUCUGCGAAAAUAAGAUUACCAAGUACUUAUGCAAAAUUAGGAGACCCCUUAAGCUUUUCUAAAUUUUCACUCCCAGAUUGUAAUUAUAGUUUUGAUAUGAUUGAAGAACUACAACAAUUUUUUAUGAAACAAAGAAGAUGUGAAUAUUUUAGUUUGCUGAACAAUUUUAUAAGUUUAUUAAUAACAACAUCUAAUCUGUUGGCAAAUGAAACUGAUAUAGAUGCACGAAAUACAUUGCUAAACAAAUUUUUAUAUUCCUUAAAUACAUGGAUGGUUAUGAGAAGGUGUAUAGUAGCUUCUUGUGAAAAUAUAUUUUCCAUGACAGGUUUAUGUAUACCAAUGGAAUCAAUAUCUGCUAGUAAAUCAGAUAUAUGUGGAUCAAGAAGAAAACAAAAAAAGAGUCCUAAACAUUUACAAAUAUUACAUUUUAAUAAUGAUGAAUGUAAAAUAUUUUUUUCAAAAAAAAGAGCACCAUAUUUAUUGGUUUUCGAAGUAGCAGAUUUAGAUGAAGAUAUUUCACAUAUUAGUGAUAAUACAUUUUAUGUAAAUAAUAGAUUAUUUAAUAUAGAAAAUGAUAAAAAUAAUAAUUUAUUUAAAACGACACAAAAUAAUGAAAAAGAAUCAGGGGUAAAAAGUUAUAUCAGUGAUGAUGAGUAUUCAAAAAAUGAAAAAAGUGAUGAUGAAUUGAAACAUAAUAGUUAUAUUCUUACGAAAAAUUAUGGAGGAUAUAAUGAAAAUGGUAGUUCCUAUGAAUGUGAAAUGAAGCCUAGUUAUGAAGAACAAAAUAAAAAAAUAUUAAUAAAUAAUAGUAACAAAAAUAUAGGAAGAGCUAGUGGAAGUCGUUAUUAUGAAUCUAAUGAAAACUCCUAUCAAUAUUACGAUGAUAAACAGUAUCAAGAGUUUUAUAAUAAUAGAGAAGAACAAACUAGCAAACUAAAUAGCAACACAAAUAGUGCUGAUGAUGAGCCUAGUGAAGUUAGUAGUACAAAUAGUAGUUUAAACUAUUUCAAAGAUUUAAAUGUAAUAAAAAUGAAUGAUCUUUAUGUAUAUAAUGCUAUAGUAAAUGAUUUAAGGAGAGAAAAUUUAAUAUCUUUUACUUCUGAAGAAGAAGAAAAUAUAUAUCUUAUUAAAAAAUGUAUUGGAUUAGCAAAAGAAAAAUCAAAUGAUGGAUAUAGUGAUAAAGAAUAUGAUAACAACGAUAGGGAAAGAAGAAAAUCAAGAAACCAAAAUAAUAAUGAUAAUAAAAAUGAAAUAAAUAGUACAUCUAAUGAUUCAUCUGCAAUAGGAAUAAAAACAAAUAAAUUUAUAAUCACCAGAUCUGCAUCUAUGCCAAACUAUUUAAACAACUUCAAAGCAGCUGAUAAUAAUAAAAAUGAAGAAAAUAGCGAUAUAUCCGAAUAUAACGAAGCAAUCGCUAGCUCCACAGAUAAUCAAACUGCCGAACACGAUGAAAAUUUAAAAAAAACAAAUCAAGAAAGCGGAGAAACAUACGAUAAAAAUGACAAAAAAGAAACGAAUUUAAUAAAAAGGGUUGGAAAUAAUAAUAAUGGAGAAAGUAGUGGGAAACAUGCUAGUGUAUUAUCAUCACAUCCUCAUAAUACAAGAAACUGCUAUUAUUCUGUAGAAUUACCUUCUGUGUUACCAGAUAUAAGUGAAUAUUUUAAAGUCGAAAAUUAUUUAAAUGAAGAAUUUAAAAAAAAAAAUUGUAAAAUUAUAAAAACAUUAUUAUGGGGAGAAUUAUUUGAAGAUAAAAAAAAAAAAAUUAGAAAAAUAUCACCUUAUGGUAAAUUAAAAUCAUGGGAUCUUAAAUCUGUCAUAGUAAAAGGGGGUGAUGAUUUACGACAAGAAUUAUUAGCUUCUCAAUUAAUUAAACAAUUCAAAAGUAUAUUUGACAAUGCUGGUUUGCCAUUAUGGUUACGCCCUUAUGAAAUAUUAGUCACUGGAUCGAACUCAGGAAUAAUUGAAUAUGUCCAUGAUACUUGUUCUGUUGAUUCACUCAAAAGAAAGUUUGGCACAGAUAGCAUUUCAACGAUUUUCAACAUCGUCUUUGCGGAUUACAUAUUUGAGGCUAAAAAGAAUUUUAUAGAAAGCCAUGCAGCGUAUUCCUUAAUUUCAUACUUGCUGCAAGUAAAGGAUAGGCAUAACGGAAAUAUGUUAUUAGAUUCAUAUGGGCAUCUAAUACAUAUAGAUUAUGGGUUCAUGUUAACAAACUCACCAGGAAAUGUUAAUUUUGAAACAUCGCCUUUUAAAUUAACACAAGAAUAUUUAGAUAUUAUGGAUGGUGAAAAUUCAGAUAAUUAUGAAUAUUUUAGACGCCUCAUUGUUAGCGGAUUUUUAGAAGCUCGCAAACAUUCUGAAGAAAUUAUUCUCCUUGUUGAAUUAAUGAUGCCAGCUCUGAAAAUGCCAUGCUUUUCGAAUGGAACGCAGUUUUGCAUCGAUUCCUUGAAAGAGAGAUUUAUGACAAACUUAACUGUUGACACGUGCAUACAACGAAUUAACGCAUUAAUUGAAGCCUCUAUCAACAACUUCCGAAGUGUUCAAUAUGAUUAUUUUCAACGAAUAACAAAUGGAAUUAUGUAA